GUCUUCUCUUAAAAUUUAACCACAGGUUCCUUUACAAGCAUUUUUAAAGGGCUGAGUUGUUCUUGAAAUGAGUUUGGUGCUCAGAAAUCUACAGCGAGCCAUCCCCCUCCGGAGAGUACCACUCCGCAAGAAGAUAGAAAUAGUAAGGAAUAUUUUAGGAGUGCAGAAAUUCGACCUGGGGAUCAUUUGUGUUGACAACAAGAAUAUUCAGCACAUUAAUAGAAUCUACAGAGAGAAAAAUAUCCCAACCGAUGUGCUUUCUUUUCCAUUUCAUGAGAAUCUGAAAGCAGGUGAAAUUCCCCAGCCAGAUUUUCCCGAUGACUAUAAUUUGGGAGACAUUUUCCUAGGAGUAGAGUAUAUCUUCCAGCAGUGCAAAGAAAAUGAAGAUUACUAUGACAUCCUGACUGUGACUGCCACACAUGGGCUCUGUCACUUGCUGGGGUUCACACACAGCACGGAGGCCGAAUGGCAGAAGAUGUACCAGAAGGAGAAGCAGGUUCUCGAGGAGCUGAGCCGGCGCACAGGGACCAGGCUCCAGCCCCUGAGCAGGGGCCUCUUCUGAUGGCCAUGGUGCCCGCAGGAUACUCCAGAACACAGGGACGCAGGGUUGGUGGAAGAUGGACCCCUCCCUUUGAACUCUGAGAAUCAGGGACUCCCCCAAACUGAGGGCCCUGCUGGACAUGGCUGUCUUGUGGGGCUGCAGAAGUGCCAGCCCAUGCUGGGGCUUAAUUUCAUGAGUGGAACCUGACUGUAAAAGUACAAGAGAAAUUUCUACUCCUUACAUAGAAUACAGCAGACUUGUUUUCAGUAUUGUAAAUAAAAUAGUUCCUAACUCUUAGAAUGGACAAAUGGAACACAUGAAACCCCCUCCUCCUUGGGGUUCUGCCUUUGUACAGAGGCAGUUCCCUCUCCCACUUCCUCAGCCCACUCAGUAGUAAACAAGCAGCCUAGGGUGGGCAUGCUCCUCACCCUCCCCACUGGAGUCCUGGUGGAUUCAGUCCCCACCCUACCCUCGGGAGUGCUGUAACCUGGAGCCUUCACUUGGCGCCUCUAUGAGGGGAGGGACAAGGCUGACCCUUGGGGUGGCUGCAAGGCCCAGGAUGACCCCACAAUGCACAUCUCCCAUCUGUUGCGUCUCCCAAGGUGGGUGUGGCCCCUAGUCAGAGCAUUUGGCUAUAGAUGGUACCUGAGUCCUCUGUGUAGCACUGGCAUGGCUGGAGCUCUGGGGCCCCAGUUCCCCCUCACCUCCCACUGAACUACAGUAAGUGUCUUCUGGCUCCAAGGAGGUGCCUGGGCCCUGACUGCAGCAUCUCGUCCUCCCAGAGGAAGGUGCCCCUCCUGACAGUAUUUCCUGUGUUAUUUUCUGAGUAUUAAAGUCAACCCAGGAGUCAUCA